AACCAAUUCCCCUGUCCUGGUCGUCCUUGCGAGAGAAUAUUCGGUCAUCAGAAAAUCAAGAGACGGAAGGUAAGACAGAAACAUAAUAUCCUGGGGGGAAAGGCCGCGCAGGGCUAGAAGAAGAGGGACAUUGUUGCGUUUAACGCUCUCGUCAGAGAUCUCCAAGGCAAGGGCUGCAUUGAUCGGACACGAAUUGACGGGACGAACGAGCGGACGAAACAGUGUUGAGGAGGUGAAAAGCCUGGACCGACUCCUCCUGGUCUUCUCAUCGCAACCGUGAUGGAUUCCAGCUCAGCACCCUCACCCGCCGGCCUGACGAACGGGCAUUCUGGCCCCAAUGGUGUCAACGGGUCAUCUUCAUUCAAUUCAUCACCUCACGCCCGAGUGCCCAAGAGGCUGUACUCGCUGUCCCAGCCGCCGUCCCUCUCCGCCUUCGAGACCCUGUGCUCCCAGUCGACCAGCCGAGAGACGUACCCGCACGCGGCGACCGUCACAUCCAACAUCCCCAUCUACGACCUGCCGGCGGAUGGCGAUGCGAGAUUGGCAGACGGGAGCUACAUCGACGCCCUGCAGGACGAAUGGCACCACAUCCUCCUCUCGGGGCCCGGGGUGAUGGUGCUCCGCGACUUCUACCGGGACCGGGCGCUGCUGGAACGAGUCAACGAGGUGUUUGCGGCCAUCAUCGCCUCUGAAAGCGAGCCGUCCGCCGCGGACGCUGCUGCUGGCGCUGGCGCUGAUGCUGAUUCUGGUUCGGCCGUCGCCCCCAGCAAAAAGAAGGGCGACCACUUCGCGGCCAGCGGCAGCAACGCGCGCAUCUGGAACUCGUUCCAGAAACACGCGCUGCGCGACCCGGCCUCGUUCGCCCGCUACUACGCCAACCCGUACCUGGCGGCCGUGUGCGCGGCGUGGCUGGGGCCGGGCUACCAGAUCACCGCGCAGGUCAACGUCGUGCACCCGGGCGGGAAACCCCAGGUCCCGCACCGCGACUACCACCUGGGCUUCCAGACCGCCGAGGCCUGCGCGCAGUUCCCGGCCGCGACACAGACGGCCUCGGCGCUGCUGACGCUGCAGGGCGCGGUCGCGCACUCGGACAUGCCCCUGGCCAGCGGGCCGACGCGGUUCCUGCCCUUCUCGCAGCUGUUCGCGCCGGGGUUCAUGGCCUACCGCCUCCCCGAGUUCCAGGCCUUCUUCGCCGCCCACUGGGUCAGCCUGCCCCUGCGCGCGGGCGACGCCGUCUUCUUCAACCCGGCCCUCUUCCACGCCGCGGGCGAGAAUCGCACCCCGGACGUCCACCGCUCCGCCAACCUGUUGCAGGUCAGCAGCGCCUUUGGGCGGACCAUGGAGAGCAUCGAUUCCCUCGCCAUCAUCGCCCGGUGUUGGGAUGAGGUGAGGAAGAUGUAUGCCGAGGACGAACAAGGCGGAAAUCGAGGAGGGACCGAGGUGAGGAGUGGUGCCACUGGCUGCGUGACGAGAGUCCAGGCCCUCUUGAGUGCCAUGGGCAGUGGGUACCCCUUCCCCACGAACCUCGAUCGCCGGCCGCCGGCGCCGGGCGGGAUGGCGCCCGAGAGCGAGGUUGAUAUCCUCCGCAAAGGGCUGCAGGAGGGUUGGAACGUGGACGAGGUCGUGGCGGCCAUCACUGCGAUCCGGGCGGACUCGAUGCCAUAAUAAUAGAUCGAACAAACUCCAAAAGAGGAAUAGAAGAAAGACAGGGAAUUAGUGUAAUCGUCAUUUUCAC